CAUUUUGUUAUUUUAAUAAUUUUUGCAAUUUUUUUAAAGUAAACAAAACUUAGCCGGCUUACAGUCGAUUUUAAGCCGCCACCAAAGUAUUUAGAAUCAAUCGCCGUAGACGUUAAUGCAAGUCGGCACAGGUCUGUGAGAUCAAUCAAUACGAAAGAAAAAAUCAUUAGAACAAAAACCAGAAGACUCUGGAAUUUUUUUCAAUUAAUUUAUUGUAAAUUGGAAUUUUGUAAAUUUUACUCAAAUUAAUAUUAAAAAGUGUUAAUAAAAAUAGUUUUUCUUUGAAAGAAAAAUAUAAAACACGAGAAAUUCUAAAAGCAAUUUUCUACUGAAAUCGUAAAAACAAAUACAGAAAAAAAUCAACAUGGCUGCCCCAUUUAAUCUAGAGGAUUUGGCCAAAUUAAAAUCUUUUGUGGAAUUUGUUGCAGCAAAUCCUGCUAUUUUGAAUCUACCACAAUUAGAUUUCUUAAAAAAACUUAUCGAACAAUUGGGUGGUAAAGUGCCCGAAGGCACAUUCCAAAUGCCGGCCGGAGCUAAAUGUCCCUUUGGUGGUGAUGUAAAAUCUGAAAAUAAACCUACACCUGCUUCUGCUGAAGCCGAGGUAGAUGAAGAAGAAAUUCCCGAAAUGGAAGCUGAAUCUGAAGAGUCCGAAGUUGAAUUAGAUAUGGAAGCCAACAACAGUCAACCACUCUUAAAACCUAAUGUUCUUUAUCUCGAGGAUAAUCCACCCAAGAUUGUUAAAAAACUAAAACCAGCAAGAAGAAAGAAAUCAACAAAAAAAGGCGUUGAGAAAAAGGCAAUUUCAAAAAGCCGAAAAAGUGGAAUCACUUUAAAAAAGACACAUGUGCAACAAGGUAUUAGAGUGAAAAAGGAAUUCAAUAUGAAUGAGAGCGAUGAUCAAGAAAAAAUUGAGAACACCGAUCCAAAUGAUCCGCUCUUUACACCUCAGAUAGAGGUUAAAUGUGAAUUAAAUGAAGAUAAAUUUGAACCCGAUGUAGAAGAUGAAGAGGAAGCCGAAGUUUACUUCGAUUCUGAUGUCGAUAAAGAUUUUUGUGUGGAAAAAUAUGAUGCCACUGACGAAGAAGAAGUUGAAGAUUAUGAAGAAGAAUUUGACUGUAUGUAUAAACAGAAUUUAGAUGAUACAAAACUCUCAGAAGACGAUGAUGAAGAUGAAGACCAAGACGACGAUGAUGAGCCUCUUAUACUAUUAACACGAAUGUCAAGUAGUAAAACACGCAAGAAAAAGAAAAAAACUCCACGUUUACACAACUGUCUAGAGACCUGCAAACACAAAUGUACCACAAAAUAUACUAAGCGACAAAGAAUUGACAUUUUCGACUACUACUGGCAACUAAGCAAAGAAGAUAAAGUAAAUUUCAUACGUGGACACAUACGGAAACCAGUAUUGACGCGAAUACGUAAUAAAAAACGAGGAAAUAAUUGUUGUUACUUUCUAAAAUAUUACAGAAUUGGUGAAAAAGUCAUUUUGAAAGAGCCACAAGAAGCAGAAAACGACAAAGAUAAUGACAAUGCCAAAAAUGAUGAUUUAACAAAAGUUUGUCGAAAAUUUUUCGAAGGCACUUUGGGCAUUUCGAAUCGAGAAAUCAAAGAAGCCAUCGAGGGAUAUGAGCUACAACCAGAAAGAAUUGUACGCCCUCUGCGGGACAUUAUAAAGGAAGAAGAAAGUAAAUUGGCUGAAAAGAGUGUGGAAAAACCACAAAAGCCACAACAAUUUCUCGAUCCAGAAACGGGAAAUUUAACGGAUACCAAACCUAAGAAAAAAACUAAACGACGAAAACCUGGAGAACCAGAGCCAGAACGUUUUCCCCGUCCCAUUAAUUGUGCCAUACGCUGUACAUUUAAAUGCCAUCAGAACUUCAGCGAAGAAGAACGAAAACAAAUUUGUGACAGUUUUUGGUCUUUGGACUUUAAGAGACGCAAAGAUUUCAUACUGGCGCGCAUAGAAACAAAGGACGUAGAAACACCUACAACACCGGAAUUUCGCAAAACAAACCGUCCUACUCGUGCCUAUCAAACAAGAUUCUAUUUACGCUCGGGUUUAAGUAGCGAAAAUAAAAGAGUCUGUAAACAUUUCAUGAUGAAUACGCUGUCUAUCAAUCGCAAGUUUAUUGAAAAUGCCAUUAAAUAUGCGGAUAAAACUACGGGCAAUUAUACAGGUGUUGACGGUCGUGGCAAACACUUGAUACAUAAAAUCUCUCCCGAACGUAAACAGGCCAUUUUAGAUCACAUCAACUCUUAUCCAGUUUGGGUGCCCAAUAAAAAAGCCAAACUACGCUGUCUUCAUCACUCCCUGUCUAUUAAACGCAUGUACAAAGAAUAUCGGGACAAAUGUACAGAGGAUGAAACAAAACCGGUUUCGGCAUUUUACUACUAUAAAGUAUUUCACGAUGAAUUUCGUUUAUUGUUUUUAAGUAAUAAAGAAUCAAAAAAAGGCCGUGGCUUCUUGAAUAUAAAUCCCAAUAUAUCUCAUUAUACCGGAGAAGAGCCGGGUGGUUGUUGGUUAGAUUCCAAAGGAAAUCAAUUAGAUUUAAGACUCAUUAAUCCUGGAGAAAGUUUAACGUAUUCCGGGGCUCGUCAACAUCAGCAACCAUCUGCUGCUGUGUCGUGUUCUUCGAUGGAUUCAACAUCUCACCUUAAUCAAUCUCCAGCAUCUUCAGCUGCCACGAGCGGUAACCUUCAUUUUAAUCAAUCUUUAAACUUUGCUACUGCCGCUGCAGCACAACAUUUGGCAAAUUUUGUUGAUACUUCAACGGCUGUUGCCGCAGCAACAUCACUUAAUCCCAGAGCGAUAUUUCAAACUACUGUCCAGAAUCUGUAUGACAGCAGUAAUCUGCCGCAUAGUAGUAACACAUCGUCAAUAUUUCGAAUGAUUUAAGAAUUUUUUUCCAUAGCAACAGUAUUUUAUUUUGUAAAAAAUCAAUUAAGAAAAAUAAACUAAUACUUUUUAGAAAUAUAAAAAAUUGUGUUUUUUUAAUUAAAAUAACAAUAAUUUUUAAUAAGUUCUGUAAUAAAUUGACCCUUGUUGAUCCAUAGUGCAAAACAUAAUUAACAAGGAUAUGUAUUAUAUUUUAAUCAUUCCCCGCUAUCCAAUUGCAGUAAAUAUAUCAUCCCCUCGUAUUUUAAUCAAUUUCAUGACUCUACUGUUCUUAACUACGUUUCUUCCAUGCUUUACAUAGGUGUCAUCGAGCCUGAUAACGAUGUCGAA